AGCAAAGGCAGACGCCGGUACAUAGGCCGUAGGUAGCAUCCAGCGAAUGUUGUGACUGCAAUGACCAGUUCGGAGUCUCAGCGUCCUCGUGCAAACAGCGCGGGAAGCGAUGACAGCUUCAGCAUUCCCACAGAGGCCCAGCUUUUUGGACUGGACAUUCCCAACGAGUCGAUCCAGGUACCCGAGCCGGGGUCUUUGCACAUGGCCCGGCCCAGCGGGUCGACAGCCCGGCGUGCCGCGGUGCCCGUGCUGCUGGCGGACGGCCGGGAUGACGCCCUGGCGAGGCAGCCCAGGAGCCACGACGCCUUCGGUGCCUCACGCGGAGUGGUGAACCUCCCGCGGCGCUCAGAGGUGCAGCGCCGGCCCCCAAGGAUGCAGCCGCCGGCGCUACAAGAGCGGUGCCCGCCCUUUGCGGUGUCCCCCUACCCAGUAGGGCAGCCAGCUCCUCCGCAGGGAGAUGGCGCCUGCGGGUCCAGCGAGGGAAGCUGCAGCCCGAGCAACCGGAGUGAGGAGGGCGUGCCGCACUCGGAUGCCGCUUUCAGCCGAACUCGGCCCAGAGAGGGUGCAUUGCCACCUGUGCCGCGGGAGACGGUGCCGGAUCGCGCGCGCUCUGUGCCGGCCCGGGAGCGAGAUCACCGCGCAAGAAUUAUCUACGACCAGGUGGCGUCUCACCACACCUCAUCGUCUCAAGCGAGCGAUGACCCAGAUGCCGCUGAGUAUCCGGAACGCCACCUGGCCCACCACUUGUCCGCACCAGAGCUACCGCCUCCGUGGCAGGUUGCAGAGGAAUUGGGGCAAUCUGGCAUGGCGGCUCCGAGAUAUUUAUUGGUGAGAUUGGGCGAGUGCAUCCCAGCAGAGACUGGUGCCGCUCCCGUGCAUCGCUCCAGGUUGGACUGUGGGCCGCAGUGGAAAGACUUCCUAAACUACGGGGAGUACAACAACCCCGAGGGAGUGUCCCUGGAGGAAGUGCUGACCUGCCCCUGCUGCUUGAGCAUCUUCCGGCAGCCCAUUGCGCUGCCCUGCGGCCACAGCCUUUGCCGCGGCUGCUACGUGCGUGUGUUCUCACAGAGUACGAGCGCGCGCAGAUGUCCGCUCUGCCGAACGGACCUACCGCGCUUCGACAUGAAAGUGAACGUGGCCUUGACCGCCGUCUCAGACGCCCUGCGGUCCUUUUUGGCUGUCCAGAGGCCGAAUCCUCGUCCUGGUCAGGGUUGAAUGAUCGGAAUGCUGUUCAGCUAAGGCUGGCACGUUUGAGACAAUGCCAAGGUUUUCACUCCAUUUAUAGCUCUUGGCUAAGUUGGCAAGCUCUCAAUGCUUUGUAGUGUGGCUCAUAUCGCAGCCAUGGCCGAACGUAUGGCUCGGGCAUUUUUUUCCCGCCCGCGCGCGCGAAAGCCGAGUGUUUAGGUGUGACCCCUUGCAAAUGCCGUCCACCAAGAGGGCCCCAAGCAAGAGUCACACCCAAAUACCUUCACUGCAGCAGCCAUUGAUACUUUUUCUGCUUGCAGAACCCCUAUACAUCUGAACCAGACGCCUGGGAGCUGCACUUGCAAGACCAAGUGGCUCCAUGAAGCUGCCAUCGGAGCAUGCUGCAACUUUGCUUUUGAAUUGAGGAAUCUCUCAUCGCGGCAAAAUUGGUCAUUGCCCGACACGUUUCGCAUUGGAGCACUGUGGCAGUAGUGGGCGCAGG